AUGGAACCUAACACAGACACAAGUCAUACCACCGACUCCAGCCGGACACUCCCCGACAUCGAACUGGCGGAGCAUCCUAUUACCCCAGGCACAGUCCAAUCCAUCCCGCACAAUGAUGUCUCCACCACUCAGCAAUUCGCAGACCAUCAGUCUCGAGCGCUCCCACACUCACGUCUGAUGGUCGUGUUCCCGGUUCUGGCCUUGGCUCAAUUCACGGCAUACCUGGAUCAGACUUCCAUUUCGACUGCCGUCCCAGCCAUCGGUGACGCACUCGGCCUGGGGGCCUCACUGCCAUGGGUUGCGACAGCUUACCUGCUUGCCACAACGGCUGUGCAACUUGCUAAUGGGCGGCUUAGCGACAUCUUUGGCCGCAAGCGACUACUCAUUACGAGUCUGUUGAUUCUCGCCGUCGGGAACCUGGUGGCCGGGUUUUCGACCAGCCCGGGAAUGCUGUUUGCAUUCAGGGCAGUCAGCGGCAUUGGUGGCGGGGCGAUCACUGCUCUGGUGAUGAUAAUUGCCAGUGAUGUCACGACACUACAACAGCGCGGCAAGUACAACGGCUUUAUAGGUGCCGCUGUUGCUUGUGGUAGUGGAAUGGGACCGCUAAUUGGAGGUGCCAUCACCGCACAUGUGUCCUGGAGAUGGACUCUCUGGUACGAUGUGCCAUGGCUUAUUUUUCUAAUUGUGCUCCUAUAUAUCACUCUUCCUGGUGGUCCGAAGGGAGUCAAUACACAAUCGAAAAUAAAAAUGAUCGAUUGGGCUGGGCUCUUUAUCAGUAUUGCAGCUAUUGUCCUCCUUGUGAUUCCUUUAUCUCGUGGUGGUUCUACAAUCUCGUGGAGCAGCGCUCAAGCAAUCGCCAUGCUUGUGGUGGGGGGUUUUGUCAUACUCGUAUUCCUCGCUGUGGAGGGAAAAUUUGCAUCUCUGCCCAUAAUGCCAUUACAUCUAUUCACUGUCGAUUUCUCCUGCAACCUGUUGCUCAUACAAAACGUCUUGUACGGGUUUGUAUUCUGGGGAAACCUUUUCUACAUGCCUAUCUACCUUCAGAAUGUGCGAGGAUACUCUUCUACUCUCGCCGGUGCCAUCAUCAUGCCAAUGGUAGGCACCCAGGGCAUUGGGUCUAUUAUAUCUGGGCUUAUUAUAUCCCGCACGGGACACUACAACCCCGUCAUGAUCACCUCGCAAUUCAUCUGGAUGGCCGGACUAAUUGGUCAGAUAUUUUACUCUGCCGCGAGUCCUAUAUGGGUUGUUUGUCUUGUGGGCUUUUUCCAAGGUUUGGGAACUGGUGGCUGCUUCCAGCCGAGUCUCGUUGCCAUCCUAGCACAUAGUAGACGAGCUGACCGUGCUGUUCUAAACUCGCUACGCAAUUUCCUCCGGACAAUGGGUGGUACGCUGGGUUUGACAGUAUCUGGGACUAUUCUCAAUAACGUGCUACAGUCGCGGCUGAAUGGUGUGGUCAGCAAUGAUAUCGCUUCACAACUCACUUCUUCCGCACACUCUCUUGAUAGUCUAGGGUUGACAGUAGAACAGCGAACUGCUGUGCUAGAUGCUUACAUGCAUGGAAUCCAUCUGAUCUUCAUCGUGUAUGCGCCACUCAUUGGUAUUUGUGGCCUCUGUGCACUACUUGUCAGGGAUCAGGGUCUGGCAGAGAAAGACACCAGCACGACGCUGCAGGUGCGCUUUGAAAAGAAAAGCAAUGUUACAGAAGCUUCUUCCGCAUCUGCAUCAGUCCAUGCUAUGGAAGCAAUUGCAGGCUCAAAAUAGUUUGACCGUAUCUAUCCGUUUGAUGCCAUGAGAUGGUUAAGCGACAAUGCCCCACGAAUAGAGACUUGAAAAGCCUGCUCAAUGAAACAUUAUUAUUUAUAG